AUGAACGGCACAGGCAGCGCAGGCGCGGGACCGCAGAGGAAAUCCACGGGCAACGAAAUGAGCGAGAAGCUGCUGCAGGGCUGGGCGAUGCUCGCCAUGCACUGCCCCGUGUGCUUCAACCCUAUCCUCCGUAGCAGAGCGGGGGAGAAGCGGUGCGUCGUUUGUGACCUACCCGUUAUAGAGGAGGCAGAUGCCCCGGCCCAGAUGACGCCACAAGAGCCAGCUCAGCAGCAGCAGCAGGGAGGAAGGGUCCAGGAAGAUGCGGCAGGCUGGGAGAAGGAGGAAGAAGCAGAGGGGGAAAAGAGCAGAGGUCAGAGAGAAGGAGAGGUGGAGAGGGCAGUCGAGGACGGCCUUGUAUCGGGGGCGCUAUUAGAGAGGAUGACGGGAGGUCAGCAAAGACAAGAUUUGCCGCCUAUUGGCACAGUACCAGCUGCAACGCCUCCUAGCACGGUGGCAGCAGCUGCCAUUGCCACUGCCACUCCCUCGGCGGCUCCCUCAACUGCUGCUCCCUCGGUUGCUGGAGGAACGGCAAAUGGCUCUAUCGCUCCCCUCCUGCCAUCCCCAAGUGCUGUCCCCGCCUAUCUGCCGGUCCCCGGCAUGUUGCCCCCUCUACCGGGUGUACCGUCCUCCUUACGAGACACGUCUAUGAGCGCGGUGAAUGCAGCGGCUAAUGAUGCCCUUAUUGGUGCUCUGCGGGCCGCUGUCACCCAACUGCAGGUGCGCCUGCUGAGUGACCAGGUGGGUGUUCCUGCUGAGUCACUAGGUGGGCCAGCUGAGUCACCAGGUGGGUGUGCUGAGUCACAAGAAUUCUCAAAACUGACUCUCUUUCCCUCACCAUCUCACCCCCAUUACCCCUCCCCCUCCCCCGUCCUCACCAUCUCACCCCGAUCACCUCUCCCCCUCCCCCGUCCUCACCAUCUCACCCCCAUCACCCCUCCCCCUCCCCCGUCCUCCCCUGUCCUCCCUGUCCGCUCCCCCAUCUUCCCCCUCGUCCCUUCACCUGCUGUUCAGAAUUUCAGAGAGUGUAUGUGCCACCAAUGGGAGAUCGAGGGUCAUUCGUAG